GGAGUUCGAACUUUGUCCUGGGUGAGCAGAGUGACAAAGACAGAAUAAGGAUUAACAGAUAUUUUGGUUUUGUCCCAUUUUUUUGGCGUUUUUUCAAGGAUAUUUUAGACUGUCAUUACCCCUGGCUCACAGUAAUGGAGCACUAUUCAGACCAGGGUGGUGAAGGGUUAGAACUGCUCGAUUUGCUCUUUGAUAAGAAUGAUGGCAUCUUACGGCAUGAGACUAUGGGACCACAAAUCGAUCAGCUUUGGCCAGUUCAAGAUCCUCAUAUGAUGAUGCCCGCUCAGGGCAACGAGGACUUCUUCAACGCACUUUUAGGUGGGUACGACUCUGUUUCUGAAUCUCCAGAUUGGUCGCCCUCUCCUAGCGACAGCGGAAUCAGCGAAGAUCCUCAUUCGGAUCACAUUGACAGUCCGCCGCCAACCGCAAGCCCUCCUUUGGAGCCUCGCAUUUCCGUAUCCCAGGCGCAACACAAUCUCAACACCAACUUCCCAUUUAAUUUCAAUGGCUGGGAGACUGGCUUCUUCCCAGACAGGGCUGAAGGGAUGCAGCAUGCAUCUGAAACGCCACAGGCAGAACCGACCACUGGAUUCCCUCUAACUGUCAAGGACCUGCUGCUAUCUGGCACACCAGAGCCUGCCACGAAGGUGUCCCAGCAGUCCUACCAGGAGCUGGUUCUCACAGAGGAUGAGAAACGACUACUUGCCAAGGAUGGAGUGACUCUGCCAAAUCAGUUUCCGCUUACCAAGUACGAGGAAAGGAUUCUGAAGAAAAUCCGACGGAAGAUCCGCAACAAGCAGUCGGCCCAAGAGAGUAGGAAGAAGAAGAAAGAAUACAUUGACGGCCUGGAGAGCAGAAUGGCGGCAUGCAGCGCACACAACCAGGAGCUGCAGAGGAAAGUCUUCCAGCUGGAGAAAUGCAACAUCUCCCUGAUGGAACAAUUACGUCGGCUGCAGGCGAUGGUCAUGAAUGGAUCCAACAAAACGGCCCAGACUGGGACCUGCAUUCUGGUAAUAAUUUACUUUUUUUACUUGAUUGUUGUGCUUCAUUUGUUGCUGUUCAUGGUUAUAAGGUUCAGCCAACAUGGAGACUUCAGCCCACUGAGAGUUCAGUCACGGUCCCUGCACAACCUUCAGUCUUCCCGCGUGCUGCGGGCCCUGGAGCAUCCGUUCUCUGUGUCUGAGGACUCCAAAAUGCUCCCGCGCUUCUCUGAGGAUAAAAGUAUGGUGGAGAUAGCGUCGCUGCUGGGAGGACUUCACAGGAGACAAGAAUUAACCAAUUACGAUUCUGAAUCUCACAACCACAGUUUAGACCAGCAUGACGACCAUCACCAUGGAGACCCCAUCACUGGGCAUGUAGCGACAGUGACCUUGAAUCCACGACGUGGCUCAAGACGGAGUCCUCAUGCUGGUGAUAUGUGAAGGGCAGAAGGGGAUUUUCCCGCGGAUUUGUCGAAACUCCUUUAACAGCGCUUCUGAAGACGGGAGCCAGCCAACAGAUUGCUGGAAGCUCAUUUUUCUUCUUUCUGCUGAAGUAAUUUUAAAAGAUACAGUACAUAGCUGCUUAUUUAUAUAUUUUUAAACUUUGGAUAAAAUAACGAGUCCAAUUUUAUCUGUUGAUUUGUAAUGCUGGAAAUGCAUUCGCUCGCAUCUUUAGCUUGCCAGAAGCAGACAAUCUUUGCUUUUCGUUAAAAUGCAGUGGGGACCGAACAAAAAUGCGUGUUUCUUUUAGGCUACACUUGUUUAUUUAGGCUACACGCUAAAUAAACAUUGCAUAUUGCUAUGGACUAUUUUACAAUCUUACGCUUACGCCAUGAAAAAAAAAAUAGUCCACUAUACAACAUACAAAAUAAUCAGACUAGCAACGAGACGCUGAAAUAAUAUUGCUGUGAUAUUAAUACGUUUUAUAAUAAGAGUUUUUUUUCCCAUUACAAUCGAUAACUGAGAUGCAAGAUGGCGACAGUUGCGUUUGUAUAAAUCAAGAGAGUGCGAGUGCAAGUAGUGCCGAUUUUAUUUGCACGGAUGAGUGGAACGAUGCACAGCGUUGCCAUGGGAAACAUCAAAGUCCCUUUAAGUAGGCUUUUCUAUCCACCUUUUUCUUCAACGCAGAAGUAAGCCUAUGGGCGAGACUUCCGGAUUAUUAACCGCUAUAGGGAAGUAACAAGACGAAUAACGACGUGCAGUAAACGGUAAAACUGUUUGCAAUACAAACCAGUGUGUUCAUAAUUAAGAUAAUACAUGAAAAUAAUAUGUUAAGACACACUAAUUUUCAAUAUCAAGCAGCAAAACUAACUGUUUUGUACAUCUAAAAAUAGCUGGACGCGGAUGAGACCGGAAGCUAGACCCAUAGAAUUUACAAAUGGCCGCUCCCAUUUUUACUGCAAGAAAAAGGUGGAUAGUCUUUGGAAAUAUCAGGCUGCUGGAUGACGCAAUUGACCAAUUAGAAUCAAGUAUUCCGAGCAUUGUGUAGCCUAAUAAAAUGUACAUAAAAAUAACAAUUUGAGUGAAAAGUUUAAAUGAAAAAGAAUGCAUUUAAAAGUUCAAUGCAAGCAAUGAAAUCUGAUUAACAUGGUCAAAUGUUAAAUAUUUAAUAUUUAGUUUACUUUGUUUCCAGAUUAAAGGUUAUUAAAUAUUUGAAAAUAAAUAAAUAAAUUAAUUAAAAUCCCAGAUGUAGCAUCAGACAUUUGUACUCUGUUGUAUAUAUUAUGGCUGUGAUCACUAGAUGUUUGAACCAUCUGCUCUGCCAAUAUAUUACUUGCACUACUGCUGAGGUGAAUAAUAAUACAAAAUCAGCUCAUUCCAAUUCAUGAGUUUUACAUUUUGAAUCUUUCAGCAAGUUUGUCCUAAAGUGUUUGUCUUCUCUUUGAAGAAAGUUUUGCUUUAUGGGUAUUAAAUCUGAAGCCUGAAGUAAUUUUUUUAUGGACUAAGAACAAGUUAGUGUGUAUAAAUUGCUUUUGAUAACAAAUAUGCUUUUUCAAUAAAACGGUGUGUUGAGUUGCCUUUCAACCUAUUUUAUGGGGUUGCUUUGUUGUUGCUUUUUCCAAUAAAUGUUUUAAAAU